GGCGAGCGGCUCCGGGGAGCGGGGACGAGCGGAGGCAGCCGGCGGCCGAGAGAAGGGAGCGGGUGCGGGCGAGCAGGGAGCGGCGCGGCGCAGGCGAGCCUGGGACCCGGAGCGCGCGCACUUUCCUGCAAAGUGCCAACUUCCCGGGAGAGUGCCGGGCGCACCUUCUGGGCUCGGGGCAGAGUCAGCGGGAAUUUGAGAUUUUAGGGAAGAGAGUCGGAUUGCCCCCGUCCCCUUUCCCCUGUUACGAAUCCCCAUUAAAAAGAAAACAAGAAUAACAGCAAACUUCCUAUCAUCCUGUCCGUCCCCCACUUCUGGCACCAUGAAGGCAGCCGUCGAUCUCAAACCGACUCUCACCAUCAUCAAGACGGAAAAAGUCGAUCUGGAGCUUUUCCCCUCCCCGGAUAUGGAAUGUGCAGAUGUCCCACUCUUAACUCCAAGCAGCAAGGAAAUGAUGUCUCAAGCAUUGAAAGCUACUUUCAGCGGUUUUUCGAAAGAGCAGCAAAGACUGGGAAUUCCAAAAGACCCCCGGCAGUGGACAGAAACCCAUGUUCGGGAUUGGGUGAUGUGGGCUGUGAAUGAGUUCAGCCUGAAGGGUGUGGACUUCCAGAAGUUCUGUAUGAACGGAGCCUCUCUCUGUGCACUGGGGAAAGACUGCUUUCUCGAGCUGGCCCCAGACUUCGUUGGGGACAUCUUGUGGGAACAUCUCGAGAUCCUGCAGAAAGAGGAUGUGAAACCAUAUCAAGUUAAUGGAGUCAACCCUACCUACCCAGAAUCCCGUUAUACCUCGGAUUACUUCAUUAGCUAUGGUAUCGAGCAUGCUCAGUGUGUUCCUCCCUCGGAGUUCUCGGAGCCUAGCUUCAUCACAGAGUCCUACCAGACGCUCCAUCCCAUCAGCUCAGAGGAGCUCCUCUCCCUCAAGUAUGAGAACGACUACCCCUCAGUUAUUCUUCGGGACCCUCUGCAGACAGACACCUUGCAGACUGACUACUUUGCCAUCAAACAAGAAGUUGUGACACCAGACAACAUGUGCAUGGGGAGGACCAGUCGUGGCAGUGGACCGAUCCAGUUGUGGCAGUUUCUUCUGGAAUUACUCACUGAUAAAUCCUGUCAGUCUUUUAUCAGCUGGACAGGAGAUGGCUGGGAAUUCAAGCUUUCUGACCCAGAUGAGGUGGCCAGGAGAUGGGGAAAAAGGAAAAACAAACCUAAGAUGAAUUAUGAGAAACUGAGCCGUGGCCUACGCUACUAUUAUGACAAAAACAUCAUCCACAAGACAGCGGGUAAACGCUACGUGUACCGCUUUGUGUGCGACCUGCAGAGCCUCCUGGGAUACACGCCCGAGGAACUCCAUGCCAUGCUGGACGUCAAGCCCGAUGCUGAUGAGUGAUGGACACCAAAGGGCUGGAAAACUCUGCUGAGACAUUUCAAAGAACAACCAUGUCGGUUGGACUCUUAAUUUUUAAUUGUUAUUCUAUUUUUAAUUUUCCAGAACUCAUUUUUUACAUUCAGGGGUGGGAGCUAAGUGAACUGCAGCUAUAAUCAAUUAUGUGUGGUUGGAAAAAGGAGAACCAGGGCUGGUGGGGUGGGAGGGACAAGGAAUUCUUGAGCAUAUUUUCAGGAGAGAGAAAAGGGUCUUCUUAGAAGCUUGAAGAAUCUGGCUUACGGGAGGAAGAAACAAAUGUGUCCAAUCAUUUUUUAAAAUCGUACAUGAAAAAAAAAUGUGUCUCGAGUUGUGGACCUAUUAACAAAAUUGAGGCAUCAGGAGUCAUGAGACUGAUGAAAGGCAAUUCAUUUGCUUCUGUUUUUAGGUCUAGGAGGCCAAAAAAGAGGGAGAAGGAGUAGAACAUUUUGUUUGGGGGUUGCACUAAAUCCCAAGGACUAUUUACCUUUUACUGUACUUUUAAAACAAAGAUGGACUUCAGUGGGGAGGGGCCAAAACUCUUUUUGUGUUAAAAUUUAUUUUAUUAAAUUUUGUGCCAGUAUUUUUUUUUUUUUCUUAAAAAUCGUCUUAAGCUCUAAGGUGGUCUCAGUAUUGCGGUAUCAUACAAGUUUGUGUUUAUUUGCUGGCUGAGGAUUCUGUCACAGUGAAAGAAAACUGUUUAUAUAGACCCCACUGGAAAUGCAAAGUGCUGUCACUGAGAUCAGGGAUCCCAAAUUCAUGCAGCUUACAUGUGAAGGAAAAAAUACUGACUUGGGUACAAGGGAACUAUGCAUGUGAAUUUCAUCUAUAAUUUAAAAAAAGUUAUCAUCACACCCCUUUACUUAUUUGUCAUUAGUGAAUUUUUGGGGUCUUGACUUAAUGUUGAGCUAAGAAGCAUUAAGUCUUUGAACUGAAUGUAUUUUGCAGCCCUGGUUUGGACCACAGUAAAUGUAGGAGCACUGUUAAAGCCAUGGAAAGGAGCUUGAAGGAGAAAAAUCGACUUGGUUCUUUAUUGGUUCUGUACCUGUAACAUAUGACUUGGAAUAAAAGCUGUGUGCAUGGGCAUUACCCCUCA